AUGAUUACUUUGGACGAUGAGUCGACGGCUAACAAUUGUAAAGUGACUGAGAACGAAGUGCAUACGUCAGUUGGUGUUGAUAUGGAUUCUGCUUUACAAACAUCGCUGAAGAAGGCUCAAAACAAUUCGAUCUCAGAUAAUAUUUCAAGGAAUUAUGUGGAUAAAUCAAUAGAAGCUAUCAGAAAUGGUGUCUGGGUUAAUGAAAAGAUUGUAAACGAUGAAGAGCAGCAUCGGGAUGACAGGAAUAAUGGAGAUUGCACGAGGCCAACUUUCUCCGGUGAAAAUGGUUGUAUUGACAACGUUGAUGAAAAGGAUGCUAAUGGAUUAGAUACGAUGGAAAAUGACAUUGUAAUUGAAAACGAGCCUUGUGGAAAUAAAGGAAAUGGUAAGACAGCAAUGUUCAUAGAAAGUAGUAAUAAAUCGACACCUGUGGAAUGCAUAGAGCUAGAUGACGACCAUGAUGAACCUGAUUCAAGUGGUGAGCCACCUGCAAAGAAGAAAAAAGCAAAAUCACCAGUGCCAGAUGAUCCAGACACUCAGGCGGGAGAGAAGAAACCAGAAUUGACCAGUGGUGAAGCUUUAUUGAACAAGUUAGAGGCUUAUGUCAAAGAUGCAAUUGAGAAGAAUGCGAAUAUUGAAAGGAAAGUGUUGGAUGCAUUAUUAGGAGCCAUUAAUAUUCAAGUGCAACGUGAACCUCUGUCAGUUCGAAAACUUAUACUGGAUAAACAGCUGGUGUUGCCAAACACCAUUAGUUUCCCGCCAUCGCAGGUUGUCGAUUUGCUGAUCGAACAUGAUCCUGAUGCACCUUUAUCAAAAGUAAUCGGACGGAUGUUCGGUGACGAAAGGCCAAAGCUUUCUGAAGCUGAAAAACGCGAACGACAUUUGUUGAAAUUGGGGCAUCCCGCUCCUCAUAUGACGAAGUUGUUAAUGGACAUUGGACAAGAUCUUGUCCAGGAAUCUACAUAUUCUGACAUCGUCCAUGCAAAAAAUUUGCCUGAAACUCCGAAAAAUAUGGAAACGUAUAAGCAGGUUGCACAACAGCUUAAACCAGUGUGGGAAGCCUUGCGAAAGAAAAAUGAACCCUAUAAACUGAAACAGUAUACUUGUCAGCUCUGCAACUUCCGAACCGAAUCACGAAUCAUUCUUUCGGUGCAUCGUCAAACACCACACUUUGAUGGCAGGAAAUACCAAUGUGCACUAUGUCCUGAAUUCUUUACCAAUGAAAAUAUGAUUUCACAGCAUUAUCUAAGGGAACAUGAUUUGGUAGCUGGAAAAGAAGAAGCUAUUCCUCGAAACCCUUGUCCAUGUUGUAACGAAGAUUUCAUGUACAAAGGACAACGAGACCAGCAUCUGAAAAUGUGUCGUAGAGAUCUGAAUAGAGUUCGCCUAAUAAUGGCACCAAAGCAUCCACAGGAUGUCAGUGCCAUCAAUCAUUGGUUAUGGGAUAAACCUCCAGUUGAUCCAACAAUAUUACAGCAACAACAAGUGGCGCAACGACAGCAAGUAGAGAAACUGCAACGUGCGCAACUGGCGCAGCAGCAGCAACAACAAUUACAACAACGACGUAGUCAGACUGCUGUAACUAAUUCAGCACUUUUGGCAGCACAGCAGCAGCAAGCUGCACUCCUUUUACAACAGCAAAGGAUAAGGGCAGCACAAGCGGUAGCUCAUCAGCAGCAGCAGGCAAAGAUGUCUUCGUUAAUAGGAAAUCCAAGUCUCUUGGCAGCAAUGCAGCAACAGUUACAGCGUGCUGCUGUUAGCGGAAUGCGUACUCCGGGGUUAUCUUUAUUCGCCCAACGCGGAGUGGCUACCGGAAUCCGUGGACCAACUGUGGCCCAACACACAGCCGCUUCACUUGCUGGACGUAUUAGGGCACCACCGCAAGUUCCAGCAUCUCGUACACAAUUAGGUGGAGUUGUAUCCUCUGGACAUAACAACAAUGUUUGUGAAAUCUGUGAUCAGAAUGUCCAGGAUAGGGAUCGAUAUCUGACACAUUUACAACUCUUUCACAAACAGAUGCGUGGGAAAACAUCAGCUGAUAUGCAGCAGGGUGCACCAUUGGCAUGUAGUCGUUGUCGUGAUAGAUUCUGGACAUAUGAAGGACUGGAACGACAUCUUGUCAUGGCACAUGGCCUCGUCACUUCUGAUCUCUUAACAAAAGCACAGAAAAAGGAAGAUGGUGGGCGUUGCAAGCAUUGUGGCAAGCAGUAUGCAUUCAAUAUGUUGCAACAUUUGGUAACGGAUCAUCAAGUAAAAUUAUGUUCUGCUGAGAUUAUGUACAGCUGCGAUGUUUGUGCCUUCAAGUGCAGUAGCUACAGUAAACUCGAAGUACAUUUGAACACUGUACAUCCUAAAAAUCCUGCUCAAAAUUCUGUUUUGAACAGUGCAGUCAGCUCAACAUCGGCUCGGGGUUAUGCUUUACGGAAUCGACCAGAACAGGCAACUUAUGCAGCAGGUUUGUUUAUCCCAAAAACUUCUUGUAAGGGUUAA